UUGAGCCCAUAAGGCACUUAAAUAUAAUGACUUAAAAGAUGACAUCUUAUUUCCAAUUAAGAUGUUAACACAUGUGCCUCUGGUGUGUGAACAGUGACUGAAAAUUUUCGACGGUACUACUACAGACAACUUAAAUAGACUUUGUGUUGUGAUUCAGUGACAACAACUUGAGGGAUUUUAAGGAUUUUUACCUAAUAUGUUAAUUUUUUAAACAUUUGUAGAUGUUGUCUACAAAUUUUGAAAUGAACGAACAACUGUACAACCCUAUAAACAACCUGAGCCAAAAGGAGCUGAUGGAAAAGUUCAACCUGGCGUUCUACGAAGCCCAGAACUUAACGAAAACCGACAUCCAAUCAACCUUUCAAGAAACUUACCUGGAAGAACUCCAAAGUUGUGAAGUAACAGAGAAAACCAACGACGACUACUUAAUCGACUAUCUAAUCUCCAACGAUUACACACCGUCGAACACACCAAACUGCACCGAAGACAUACAGUUCGACUUCAACGAGUUCGUCGAGAACUUCGACCACAACCUGAAGCAGGAGGUUCCGACCAACUCGUUGGAAAACUUCGACACCGAAACCUACACGACUGAAAGCUCGGUGGACAACGUCCCCUGUGAAUACAGUGACUCCUUCUCCAAGUUCUUCAUACCGCCUCCAUUUAACAGUGAGAGAAGCCAGGAGCAGGCUUGUGCUUUGGACACCAUCGAACUGGACUGUGACAACUUGUCUAACGAGUCUUUGGGGUUGGGCAGCUUGCAAAACCUAGAGGAGGAGUACGACGAGUUCAACAACGGGCUACCCUCGUUUUCUACGUUGGCGGGAAACACCAUGGACUUCAACAACUUUAUGAGGGUGGUACCGGACAACGAUUUGGCUCCACCUAAUGAGGUCGUUUAUGAGAGGAACGAGAUGGGACACUUAUUGGGGAUGAAGUGCGUCAACAACAACUUCAUCACCAGCUCCAACGACUUGUGCGAGAUCCUACCGGAAAACACCCACCCCUUCUUCAGCAGCAACGAAGAAAACACCACAGUCCUUCGACAGAACGAAGCCCUCAUCAACGACGACGUGAUGUUGAGCUCCAGCAGCCUAAUGUUCCCGCAGCAGCAAAUGCACGACAUCAUCAUCGACGACGACGAAUCCUCGAGGGACUACGAGUACGACGAGGUGUCCAGCAGUUCCAACUACAUGUGCAGGUGGCAAGGAUGCUACCAACAGUACGACUCCCAACAUUCACUCGUCAGGCACAUCGAGAAGUCCCACGUGGAGUUAAAGAAAGGAGAUGAGUUCACGUGUUACUGGGAGAACUGCCAAAGGCAAACCAAGCCGUUCAACGCCAGGUACAAGCUGCUCAUCCACAUGCGAGUGCACAGCGGUGAAAAACCCAACAAGUGUCCCUUUAAGGGUUGCACCAAGGCGUUUUCGCGACUGGAGAACCUGAAGAUCCACCAGAGGAGCCACACGGGAGAACGACCUUAUCUGUGCCAGUUCGCCACGUGCACCAAGAGCUUCUCCAACAGCUCCGACAGGGCCAAACAUCAGAGGACCCACUUCGACACGAAGCCUUACGCCUGCCAAGUUUUGGGCUGCCUCAAAAAAUACACGGACCCCAGCAGCCUCAGGAAGCACGUCAAGAAUCACACGUACGAGGAACAGAUGCAGAUCAAAAAGAAGACGAACGAAGACCUGGGGAUUAGUCCGUUGCUGACCAAAAAGUACUUCGACCCCAAAAAACAGAAGGCAAUCAAGACUGAGGCUCCGUACUACACCAGCUUCGAACACAACUACUCCAACACCUAUCUGAACGAGAGGAAGUACGACUCGAGCAACAUCAAGCAGGAUUUGAAGAACAAAAUUUCUGAGAAGCACAAACUGAAGCAGCUUAAUGUGUAGGAGGCUCCAGUUUUGGAAAGUGCAAUGAUCUCAAAAAUGUUUUGUUGAUUUGUAAAUUUAUGUAAUUUUAGGGACCAAGUCUUUGUGAUAUAGAAAUUAUUUUUGUACAUAGUUUUUAGUAAAAUUUGACUUUAUGCAUAGCUA